AUGGAUUCCUCUGGAAGCCAUGGUCUGCUCUCCCCUCCCAUGUCUGCCGCAUCGCCUGUUGCGAGCACUGCUCCUCUCUGGAGUCGAGCUGCCACUCUACCCCCACCACGAUCCCAACCGCUGCGACCCGGAUCACAGAAAGAGAUUGCCCUUAUAAAUUACCUCGACGAUCGAAUCUUGACCAUUACAAGGCGAUAUGCGAAGAAGUUCAGUGAUGAAGGACUUGAAAAUGAUGACACACCGGGCUAUACCACGUAUGACGAGUUCGUCGCCGACGCAGACCCUUUGGUGGAUGUUAUUUGGGUCAGCGGAACCCCAACCAUACAAAUUCCAUACCUUCUGACCCUGGCCGGCUUGGUAUAUUCCUACCUACAAGCAUUCCCUUUUUCAGUUUCGUUGUUGUAUAUCGCCGCCAAAAUUGACCAGGGCUUUGCGUCCCUCCUGCAGCCCUCCGAAGAGGGCAACUUUUCGUCGGGUGCUUCUCAUCGAGUCUCAAUGACGGAGAAGGUCCGCAUCAAAUCAUUGAUCGAAGAGACAAGAGUGGCAGCUGUUAGGGCUGCUUCAGCCAGCGGACACGAUGCCAGUGUACACGACAUUUCUGGAACCGACACCGAUGAUGAGGAGGAUGAGCUGUCGGACGAUGUUGAUGAGAGCAAUGAUGACCCGCCCAGUUCUCUACCGAUAUCCUUGGGAGUGGCAAAAAUCUACAAGAGAACCCUGGAGAUCCUCGGUGAUUCGCUAGUACCGAACACUCUACCCCAGAAUCAAGGCGAUAUCAUGGAGACUUCAUGA